GCCGAGUCUUUCUACGUUUCCGACGUGGCGCCGGAGCUCAUUCAGCAGCCAGCUUCAUUCACAACCCUGGCUUUCAUACUCAUCUCUCAGACCCUUCGCUUGAACCAUGUGGAGGAAGGCUGCUCUAGUGGCGUUGCUGGCCCUUGCACUAGGUUACCUCUAUCACACAAACCCCAAGCUUCAGGAGCAGGCUUUACAUCUCAUCACCCAGUCAUUAUUCUCCUCGCAGCAUGAACAUAGUACUGCAAACCUGGAAGAAACCAUCUCCCGUGCCUGGGACGCCCUCAUCACUGUACCUGCAAGACAAUGGGGUCGAAUAGCGGUUGGGGUAAAUGCCUGUAUUGACGUCGUGGUGUCAGGUGUCAAUUUGCUCCAGGCGUUGGCUCUUGACCCAGGGUCUGGACAUGACCAUGAUGUGUUGCACUCCAAAGAGGACCUAAAAGAGACCUUCAUUCACUACAUGGAAAGAGGAGCAGCUGCAGAACGUUUCUUCGCAGAUAAAGAAGUCUUCCAACAGAUCGCAAGAGCCGCUGCUGAAUAUCCUGGUGCUCAGGUGUAUGUGGGAGGAAAUGCUGCUCUGAUUGGCCAGAAACUCGCCUCUUUUCCAGAGCUGGUGGUUCUUUUGUGUGGUCCUAUCGGGCCGAAGUUGCAUGAACUCCUGGAUGAACAGAUAGUAGUUCCACCACAGUCACUGCAGGAGACUGAUGAGUAUCACCUCAUCCUUGAGUACAAGGCAGGGGAGAAGUGGGGAUCGAGUCAGGCCCCUCAAGCCAAUCGCUUCAUCUUCUCUCAUGAUGUGUCCAAUGGGGAGAUGAGCACUUUGGAGACCUUUGUGGCCAGUCUGGAGGAGUUUCAGCCCGGACUGGUGGUGCUGUCCGGACUCCACAUGAUGGAGGGAAUGGGCCGUGAGCUCUGGGAGGACCGACUCAAAGAGUUUGUGGUUGCCAUGUCUGAUGUUUGCAACGAAUCGCCUGUCCAUCUAGAGCUGGCCAGCAUGACUGAUCGAGAUUACAUGAGCAUCAUCACGAAGGAGCAGGUCUUGCCCAUGGUGAACUCAAUCGGCCUGAAUGAGCAAGAGCUGCUCUUCCUGUCUCAGGCUGGAGACGGUCCUCACUCUACCCUCCACUCGUGGAACGGCAUUCCUGACGUGGGCCGUGUCGCCGAUAUCCUCCUCUGGAUCCUGGAGCAGCACGGCCGAGCCGACCUAGACUCUGAAGCUCAUCUAACCCGCAUCCACUUCCACACUCUGGCUUAUCAUGUGCUGGCCACGGUGGACGGCCACUGGAGGAACCAGCGGGGAGCCGUAGCGGCCGGGACUCGCGUUGCCAGCUCUCAGGCUUGCGGAUUACAAGCCGUGGACGUCAGUAAGGUGGAGCUCAAGGCUCCGCUCAGCUUCUAUAGCUCUUUCUCAGAACCGAAAGAGGGCUUAGUUUUGGACCCAUCCAAUCCGGUGACGGUGUGGCGAAGGGGGAACGUGUCGUUCCAUCUUAGUCCGGUACUCGUAUGCAAACAGCCGCUGCGGACAGUAGGGCUGGGGGACGCGAUCUCCGCAGAGGGACUCCUCUACUCUGAGAUUGUGCCCCAGCUGCACUCCGAUGAUUAAAAGUGAACUUUUAAUUUUAAGAUAUUUAGUCCCUGAGGUCCAAUAACAAUGUCUUAAAACACUUCUGUACUCUUGAUCCUCUCUACAAUGCCUGAUGAGCAUCUAACCAGCUGGAGAUGUCCCUGUAGGUGCUCCUCCGGUUUCUUAGUCCUUAAUGUGAACAGUGACAAAUGGAGGAAGAGAGGAUGUUUCUCCUGGCUACAGGAAUGAGAGUUUAUCCUCACUUUGUCGUCUUGUGCAAAAUCGGUGCGUAGUAUUUAUCCGUUUGGUGAGUACUGUACUGCAUCUUACUUGAGGCUGUAUUGCACUGGGUAGAAAAUGCUGUUGGGUGUUUUUUGUUUUUUUCUUUUCCACUCUCGUCUCCCCCUUCCACACUCCAUGGACUUUUUGCUCCAGUGACUACUACAACAGAGACCUACUUAUGAGCAAGGUGCAGAAAGCCUGAGCUGCUAUGAAAAUAAAAUAAAAAUGGCUUGUGUAUCCCACAGCCCCCCCCCCCCCCCCCCCCCCCCAAUGAAAUCAAAUGCCUUAACCAAAACCAGAAAGGAACCAAAUCAUUUAUGCUUAAGUGGUUAUGCGUUUGAGCCCUGUGAUGACUUGUCCAGGGUGUACCCCGCCUUUCGCCCGUAGUCAGCUGGGAUAGGCUCCAGCUUGCCUGCGACCCUGUAGAACAGGAUAAAGCAGCUACAGAUAAUGAGAUGGGAGAGAAGUUAUGCGUUUGGUGCUUUACUGCACUCUGCCCUCAAAAUAGAGGACACCCCCCCCCCAAAAAUACUCCUUCCUGGACUUGUUUAACUUAAGCACAGUCUUCUGGCAUAAUGAAUUUAAUACUGGUAGUUAAAACUAACUAAUUCUCACAUAUGCCAUAAGUUUGGACACCUCUGCCCGUAGUACUUUUUUUUUAUAAUAAUAAAUUGAUAUUUUGAAGCACACUAGCCAAGAAAAAUAUAAAAUCAAAACUGUUUAAAUAUUUGAAAUUGCUAACAGUAUUCUUGAAUACUGUGAAGCUUUGCACACUCCAGAAGGCUUUUCCCAACUAGACCAAGCUCCAAGCUGCUUCUCCGAAAAUCUACUUGUUUGGGGAAACAAUAUCAUUUAAAGUAAAAUCUGCUCAUUAAAAAUUCAUGUUGAUUUUGAAACGUAUACAUGGGCGUUUGUUCCACUAUGUACAACUGGCUUAGAAAUGUCAACUGUAAGCUUUUAUCAGAAUAUCUUAAACCAAUCCAGCGCGUCUGAAUAUUUGACUGGUAGCAUACGUUAAAACUAUUUUUGAUUACUGAAAUUGUGUAUUGGAACUUGUUACCUACUUGAAUGGCAAUAGAAAUGGCAGACAUCUUAGUGUUCUGCUUCGUAGAAUAUUUGUAAGAAUACCAGCACCCACUUCAUCCUCAGCAUGUUUUAGAUCAUUUUAUUUCCGUAAGUGAACACAUCCUGCCUCUUUUUAUGCUGAAUGGCUUAAAAGGAUGUAAGGGAACAUUUCCUACUUGUUUAGUCAUGUCCUGUACUUUUUUUUUUCUUAUUUUUCUCGAGCAUAAUGUCUGUGUAUAUAUGGUGUGAUGAAAUGAUGUCUUGGUUGUGAUCGUUAAAAAAAAUAAAUCCUGCGGUCAGCAACUGACUGCAUUUAUGCAUGAUGAGAAACUUGAAGGGUUCUGUGAUUUGACACGUCUUCUCUAAUAAGAAGGAAAGCCUGUUUUUUUUUUUUUUUUUUUCUGGUACAGUAAAAUGAUGUACGUGGACCAGUUGUUAGAAGUGAAUAGACUGAGACCCCGUCCACACGUAGCCGGGUAUCUGCUAAAUCGAAGAUAUUUUUCUACGUUUUGGCCUGUCAUCCACAUGAAAACACAUCAAAAACGAAUAUUUAAAAAAACUCCGGGCAAAGUGAAGAUUUUUGAAAACUCUGUGUACCGUAUUUAUCCUUAUAGAAGCGCCCUCCCUAUAUGACGCGCCUCCACGAUUUUCAGAGCUAGAAUAGUAUUUACCAACCAUUUUCUUCAUUUAACAAACUUUAAAUCCAACAAACCACAACAGAGACGUUCAAUUUCACCGCUGAUUUUUUUUUUUUUUUACCGGAAAUCGCGUUAGUAAACAUGGACAGUAUAAAAUACGGACAUUCACUCUGCUGCGGAUAUCAGUACGGGUGGAGACGUACCUUUUGUUUGCACCACUCUUGUACACGUUUACGGUGAACAUUAAAUGUUUUUGCAGCUAAGUGUUUGCCUUUCUGCUCUGCCAGUUCUACAACCUUUAACUUAAAACUAGCGGUGAAGGAUUGUUUUGAGGACGACAUUUUGUUUUGUGAGCUCAUAAACAUCGACGAUGACGUGAAUUGUGACGUCACUACAAAUCGUUUACUUACCAAUGUUAUCCUUAUAAGCAAGCUGGACAUUGUUUAAUUGACUUUUUGGACAUAUAACUGUAUUUUCAUGUGUUUCAAAAUAAAUGUUUUAAAUUCCGAUGAUUUUGUCAUGUUCGAUUUUUGUCAUUUAAGGGUCGAAAUCGAUGCUCCCCCUUCAUGUUUUGCAUCGCGCCCGGGUGCGUUUAUUAGGAUAAAUACGGUAUGCCUUUUCGUGUAGACCGAGAUAACCGGAGUUUUGCGUUUUAGAACGUCACAAUCUGCGCCAAAAAAAAGACGACAAAUCUGCCCUGACGUCAAACGUGUGACCUUUGUUUACUGCAGAAGCCAGAUUAAGCAUGGACAAAGAGUAAUGGAUCGGAGGAGUGCCUUGAAAGCGUUAAUUAUUGUGCAGGUGCUAUUUACAUGUUUAAUUUUAGAAGCCCAACUACUGACGAGAUUCCCAAUCAACGUUUUCUUGCGUCUUUUGAAGUUUAUACUCCAAAAUUGUGUUUAGAAGCAAUUCUGUCUCCGAGUCUGUCCAGACGAACGAGCUUGGCGCUAUGUUUUAUGUUUAGGCGGAAGUGACGCCAACAAAGGGCUAUUCUGAUGUGAUUAGGGGGUAGGAUUUGGGGAAAUAAUGCCAUCUACAGGUUUGGAAUGCUUAUGAAUGUGAUUGAAAACGCAGAUGUUCGGUUAUGUGUGGAAGGGAUUUUUUUCGAAGACGAGGUGGUGUGGAUAAAACAUUUUUAUAAACGGGGGGGAGGAAUGUUCGGUUUUAAAAAUACCCGGCUACGUGUGUACAUGGCCUGAAACGGGGAGGGAUGGUUCAUUUUGACCUUGUUCGAACAGGACGUCUGUGCUGGACUCCUCGCAGUGACACUGCUAUGUUCCAUAAAACAAUAGAGGUCAUAAAGCUGCUACUGUAAGCGAACAGACAGAAUUGUAAGAGGUGAUGAUUUGUUUCUAAAACGGACUAGUGAUUGUCAAACUGCACAUAUCGUUGAAUUAUAAAUUCAAUUGUUUGGCAUCAUACUUUUCUUUGUACAAGGCUUUCUUCUCCUUUAAAGAAAACCGUGUCUUCAGUGGCUCUGGUUCUACUGGAAUAAUGUCAUUAACUCACUUUAUGCUUUCCUUUUGUCUUUUAUACUGUGUUCUGAUGCUUUGUUUCUUUUAAAUGACUCCAUGUUAGGGUGGCAUAUAGAACAUUUAGUUAAGAAUAGUCGGUCUGUACAAAUUAUGCAAAGUCUUAAACAUUAAAAGGACAUAAUAACAGGAAUAUUUAGGUUAUGGUGAACUAAGGUGUUUAAUUAUUUUUUUUUUUAUAUCAAUAAACUUUUUCUGUUGAUCCAAAAUCUACUACUGUCUUGAUGUUCUUUAUGU